CCACAGCCUUCUUCUCCACCCCCCAGCCCCUGCCACUCCCUAUGAUGGAUGCUUGCUUGCUAGCUGCUUUGCUUGGUCUCUUUGUCUGAAGGAUGCAAACAGUCUAUGGAUGCUGGAGAGAAAGGGGUGGGGAAGAGAUUACCUCAUCCCAUGUUGUGUGGACCAAUCACAGUUCUCUGGUCUUGGCUUCUCCGGGCAGACAGAGGGGUCUGGACCAACUGGAAGAAGCCCUAGCCCAUCCCCAUGGUGACAGAAUUGUAUAUAGGGAGCUGUAUUGGACCAUGUGCAGUAGGUUCUCUUACAUCGACCGCCUAAGAGUCGCACUGUAAGAAGCAUCAACCUCUCUUCUUCUUCUCACUCCUCGACUCCGCAGCCGCCGAGCAGCAAUCAUGCGUGAGUGCAUCUCUAUCCACGUUGGCCAGGCUGGUGUCCAGAUUGGCAAUGCCUGCUGGGAGCUGUACUGCUUGGAACAUGGUAUCCAGCCUGAUGGGCAGAUGCCAAGUGACAAGACCAUUGGGGGAGGAGACGACUCCUUCAACACCUUUUUCAGUGAAACAGGCGCGGGCAAGCAUGUCCCCAGAGCAGUGUUUGUAGAUCUGGAACCAACUGUCAUUGAUGAAGUUCGUACUGGAACCUACCGCCAGCUCUUCCACCCUGAGCAACUGAUCACUGGCAAGGAAGAUGCUGCCAAUAACUAUGCCCGUGGGCACUACACUAUUGGAAAGGAAAUCAUUGACCUGGUUCUAGACAGGAUUCGGAAGCUGGCUGAUCAGUGCACAGGUCUUCAAGGCUUCUUGGUUUUCCACAGCUUUGGUGGUGGGACUGGCUCUGGUUUCACCUCUCUGCUGAUGGAAAGGCUGUCUGUUGAUUAUGGCAAGAAGUCCAAGCUGGAGUUCUCCAUUUACCCAGCCCCACAGGUUUCCACUGCUGUAGUUGAGCCCUACAACUCCAUUCUGACCACUCACACCACCCUGGAGCACUCUGAUUGUGCCUUCAUGGUAGACAAUGAGGCUAUCUAUGACAUCUGUCGCAGAAACCUCGAUAUUGAACGCCCAACCUACACUAACCUGAAUAGGCUGAUAGGUCAAAUUGUGUCCUCCAUCACUGCCUCUCUGAGAUUUGAUGGUGCCCUGAAUGUUGAUCUGACAGAAUUCCAGACCAACUUGGUGCCCUACCCCCGAAUCCAUUUCCCCCUGGCCACCUAUGCCCCGGUCAUCUCUGCUGAGAAAGCCUACCAUGAGCAGCUUUCUGUAGCAGAGAUCACCAAUGCUUGCUUUGAGCCUGCCAACCAGAUGGUGAAAUGUGACCCUCGCCACGGUAAAUACAUGGCUUGCUGCCUGCUGUACCGUGGGGAUGUGGUUCCCAAAGAUGUCAAUGCCGCCAUUGCCACCAUCAAGACAAAACGUACCAUCCAGUUUGUGGAUUGGUGCCCAACUGGCUUCAAGGUUGGCAUCAAUUACCAGCCUCCCACUGUGGUUCCUGGUGGUGACCUGGCCAAGGUACAGAGGGCUGUGUGCAUGCUGAGCAACACUACAGCCAUUGCUGAGGCCUGGGCUCGCCUGGACCACAAGUUUGAUCUGAUGUAUGCCAAGCGUGCCUUUGUUCACUGGUAUGUGGGGGAGGGCAUGGAGGAAGGAGAGUUCUCUGAGGCACGGGAGGAUAUGGCAGCCCUGGAGAAGGAUUAUGAGGAGGGCAUGGAGGAAGGAGAGUUCUCUGAGGCACGGGAGGAUAUGGCAGCCCUGGAGAAGGAUUAUGAGGAGGUUGGUGUGGAUUCUGUUGAAGGAGAAGGUGAAGAGGAAGGAGAAGAGUACUAGUUCCCCCUGCCAUACUACUCUGCAGCAUGUUUCAUCCAAAAUUCAUCAGCUUAAACACGCUUAGCUUACCUGUUAGGCGACUGUUUAGAAAGGUACCAUGAUGGAUCAGGAAUAAAGAAUGAGAAAGGUCAGACUUGUAGACUACCAAAAAAUCUGUAUCUCUAUUCAGCAUGAAAAAUGACAUCAAGAAAAUUCUCAAUAGACAUGGCUAGCACUGAAAAACAUCAUGAGAAGAAAUUGAUUAUAUUUCAAUGGUAGGAAGUGACUCCUUAAUGAUGUGGAGAUAAUUCUUGAAUCAGCUGUAUCAGUAUGGUCAGAUCACAGACUAGUUUGACAAAGAACAAAGUAUGAAGAUGGGAAAAAAUAAGAAUUGAGAACAGGAUUAAAAGAAAGAAGGUAUCAUGGUGGUAUGAAGGCAACCUUGAUAGUACAGCUAGCGAUAUGGUUAGUUUGUCUACACUGUCAAAACUGUGAUCAUGUCUAAGUUUUCCAUGUGUGUCUGUAAAAUUUCCAUCAUGUCUAUGAAAUUAAAGGCUUUAAGAAAAAAUGCA